CUGAACUGGACUCUGGUGGAAAGAAGUGCUGAAGUCCCUAUUGCAUCUGAUAAACAGAGCAGGAUAAAUCAGGCACUUCAGCUCCAUCACUGCAAUGGAGGAUUAUUAUUUCAUUUUGGAAUAUCCGAUGAGAGUGAUUUCUCUGGUCUUCUUCUACCUGACCUUGAUCCUCGGUGUUCCUGGAAAUGCCUUUGUCGUGUAUGUUGCUGGAUUGAAGAUGAAGAGGACUUGUAAUACAGUAGUGUUUCUGAAUCUGGCGAUUGCUGACCUCUUGUGCUGCUUUCUCACUCUUUACUAUGUGAUCGAGAGCAAAUUUGAUGAUUACUGGCCGUACGGAUCCACAACGUGCAAGAUUUUCCACUUCGUUCUGCUCAUCAGCAUGUUUGCCAGUGUUUUCACCUUGAACUUGAUUAGUCUGGAUCGGUUUACUCUGGUGAUCACACCGGUUUGGGCUCAGAAUCAUCGCAGCUUGUUCAUGGCACGACUGUCCUGUGCAGGGGCCUGGAUUCUGGCUUUAAUUAUCAGUCUGCCUUUUAUGAUGUCAAGAGAGAUUUACACAGAAAAUAAUGAAACAUACUGCGUGCAUUAUCAAGUUGAUGAAGAGCAUUCUGAAAUGUAUAGAAGGUUAAGCGUCAUCAGAUUUCUGUUUGGCUUUUUGGUUCCUCUCAUGUGCAUCACAACAUGCUACGGAUUCAUCGCACGCAAGUUAGGCAGGAGUCAUUUUCACUCUGGACGAGCGUUUCGCGUCAUGCUGGCUGUAAUUGUGGCAUUUUUUCUGUGCUGGCUGCCGUAUCACAUAGUGGAUUUGAUAAUAAUAUACGGAGAUCAAUCAAGUUACUUUGUGGCUUUGGCAGUGGAUCCCCUGGCUGUCUCUUUGGCGUAUUUCAACAGCUGUCUGAACCCCAUUCUGUAUGUUUUCAUGGGGCAGGAUUUUAAGAGCAAUGUUAAACUUUCUCUAAGACGUGUUUUUGAAAGAGCCUUCUCUGAGGAGGGAACACAAAUGACACGAACCACCCAGUCACAGCAAACCCACUCACUGUAGUGAAGAUAUGAACUCAUUCUGUUUUCUGAUCGAAUUGUAAAACUAUUUCAUUAUUUCUUUUCAAAAGUCAUCAAGUCAAACUCAGCAAGUCAUCUAAUUUGUAUUAAUUUUAUAAUUGUGCUGUUAUUUUUUCACUGUUGUGUUAUGCAGUUUUCAUAUGAUUAUGUAAAGCAAAUUGCAUGAUGUACAAACAGUGUUUAAUAAAUAAAAUGCAAAAUAGAACAGUUGAAAUGGAUCAUUUUUGUAAUGUUCAUUAAAUAUUAAAUUAACUUAUUAGAAUUUUUAUUCCCGAG